CGGAUAGCCAUUAUUUGCCUGUUUGCUUCCUUAUUGAACUGCGCAGGCCGACAUUCUCUUAAAGGUAGUCUUUAUUAUUCAGGAUCUUGCUCUGACCCUGCAUCCUGAUUAUUCAGACCUCUCCUGUUGUUGCGAUUCAUUGCCAUCUUGCAGCCCCCCAGAACAAUCCCUAUCCCUAUCCCGAGCACCGCAGCCCACUCGGCUUGGGCCGCCUCUCCCCCGCCUCCAAGGGACAGCGCUAAAAGCCAUCCCAUUGCCAUAAGGAGACGAUCAUCACUUGUUUAAAUCAGUCAACUCCUCACUCCUCCUCACUCGACUUGCCCCCGUGCUUCAUUUUCUGCGCAAGCGCCGCUUCUCCCUCCCCUUUCAACCUUCACGAUACCUUUCCCUAUCAUAAGAAGCAAGUCCCUUCAGCUGUCACAGCACGUCCCGUCUCAGCCGCCAUUAGCAACAAUCUAGAACCUCCAUUUUACGAAGCACCGCGGGGGCAAAACGAACCAUCUAACCACCUCUGUGCCUCCUUCUACCACCUCGGGAUUCUGCUCGCCACGUGGCGCACACAACUCCUCUCCUUUACCAGCAGAUAUACUUGCUUCUUCCUUUUUGAGCCCUCUAUCUCUGGCCGUUCGAAGCGCUUGCGUUCAAGCCUUCCCUGCGGCCCAAGUUACACCGGAACUCUCUCUCGACACAGGCAGCACGGCUGUAGCAAUGACCUGAGCGCAACCCUGAAAAGACUGGAGCCUUUUACCACAAUGCAGUAUCUCGAAUUUGUCUAUCGACAACCACGAAAGUUCAUUAAUCGAUAACGUUUACCCUUCACAGCGCCACCUUGUGGUGUUCCUGCUUUGUCGCCCAAUUCACGGUCUCUCCGAGUUUUCUGCUGGAGAGCAACCUUUGCCUGGGCAAGCAACAAACACUUUCGGAAUAAUCUGGCAAGAACAACCUGAGGUUUGGUGAGGAUGGCUACGCAGGAGAUGUCCUUAGAACAGAUAUUGGAUGAAGAGAGGAAGGAUGUCCUUGCCUUACUCGAAAGCCCUCCCAAAACCCGCCAUCGAGGUUCCACAGGAUCCAUGGGAUCUGCAAGGACUUCACCCUUGACCACACAGGCACAGUCUCCCAUAAGAAGCAUGCUGGAUGUUGAUGAAGGCUCAGAGUCACCUAGGAAGACUUCAUUGACUGGGACCAACGGAACUGGCCUCGCAAUACCUCCGCGCAAGAGCUCGUCGCAGACGACUCGAAGUAUGUUGGAUAUGUCCCCAUCACCACAAACUUCUGCAGCACCACUUCAAAGUAUGCUGGAGAUAGGGGAAGGUACUGCGAGCAAGAGAAGGACAUCUUCCUCUGCCUCGACGCAGAGUGCAGCAUCCUCGCCCAGUGAUGAGAGGACUACUCAGAAAACACAGCUGGCGAAUAGCCUUCCCCACAGAAGCCUGUCGGAUGCAGCAAGGAAGCCAGCAUCCUUUGGACCCAGAGCGGCAUCUACCGGUGGGAAUCCCGAAUCAGCCUACCAAUUUGGCGGGUAUGCGCCAAGUACCCCUGGUGGACCCGUAGCCCCGAAGCGGACUACCCUGGGUGGCAGGAAAACUUCCGCCAUGGCAGAAGUGGUACGAGGAGGAACCAUAAGUUUAUUUGGAGACAAAGACCGAGACCGAGGAAGGAAUACCUCGAAUGCCACCACAGGUAUCUCCACGAAAUCGAGAUCUCCAGUCCCUCGAUCAAUUCUACGUUCGAAUUCUCCAAGUGUCAAGGCGGAAAGUUCGAAGCUUGUCCUGAACGAUGGGAGGGUGGUAGAUAUGAACAGCGCGUACCGCAGGUUGUCAGAUGCAAAUCUAGCUCGGUCUGGAGGAGGGCUGUCAUCGUUGGGUGGGAAGAAGCAGCGGAGUCGGACGAAUAGCGAUGGUGUGCCAUUCGAGAAUGGAGCCAGGUUGGAGAAGGACUAUGUUGACAGCGAGGAUGUGAUCAUUGAUAGCAGUGAUGAUGACGACAGUAUUUCGGACGAUGAUCAGCUGCGAGGCAGGAAGCAUGAGAACCGGCCAGAUCGAGCAAACUCUGAUUCUGCCGUGGGAGGAAGCAGACCAAAAGUGGCCAGGCAAGCUCAGAGCUUGAUGGCUGCUGCCGAGGAAGAGCGUGAUCAAAUAGCUGCCGCCGAACACGACAAAUACAAGAUACGCUCACUGCUGGACCCAGAGAUCACAGUCACCGAACCUGGUGGAGAUCGAUAUUUGAGACAUGGAAAGGCUGUCGUACAUCCGAAUACAAGCUUCGACGAAGGAACGUCUGGGCUGAAUACUCCAGUCGACUCAGAUACAGAACAAGACGUCACCGAUAUCAAGCAUGCCCAGAAGCUCUCGGUUAACAUGACGCCUAUACAAUCAACCCCGGCAACCAGUCGUUCUGUGCGGACAAUUUACCGUGGAGACUUCCUCAAGAUGCAGCAGGAAGCCAAGGAUCACCAGCGCCGGGUUCGGAAGUACCUUGUUGCUACCGAUCUCAGUGACGAAGCCGCUCAUGCAUUGGAAUGGACUGUUGGGACGGUUCUUCGAGAUGGGGAUACUCUUCUUGCCAUCUACUGCGUGGACGAGGAUGUAGGAAUCGCCAACAACGAUAGCGAAGAUGAUACUAGAAUGAAGGAACAGCUUGCCGCCAUUCAGGCAUCUGCGAAUCGUUCGGGAUCGACUCCGCUCAUGAGCCCUACCACCAACUUCCCGAGCCCUUUAGGACCAGGCUUCAGACUAGAUCCUCACAGCGCCAGUGCGAGCCCAAUGGGUAGGGAGAAAGGAAAGGCCGAGUAUGAACGCUACAGAGCUGUUCAGGAUAUAACGGAUCGAGUAUCGAGACUUCUCCGAAAGACGAAACUCCAGGUCAAGGUCGUGAUCGAAGUUAUCCAUUGCAAGAGCCCGAAGCAUCUCAUAACAGAAGUGAUAGACUUCAUUUCUCCUACAAUGGUUAUCCUAGGAAGCAGAGGGCAGAGUCAACUUAAAGGCGUCAUUCUUGGCUCUUUCUCUAACUAUCUCGUCACGAAAUCCUCUGUUCCCGUGAUGGUUGCACGAAAACGUCUUCGGAAGCACACGAAGUACAAACGUCCAGCCAUCCGACUUGCAAACAAUCUUUCCAAUCCUGCUGUCAAAAGCUUGGCUUCUGCGAAGAUUGAUUGAUCUUUCACUGACGCACCCAUAUUCUCCUCUCAUACAUAUUCAGUGACCAUACUCUUGGACUGGCUCAUACAGAGCUACGGUGUUCUCCAGGUUUGGAGCAUUCUGUUUGGUCUCCACUGCCAAACAGGAAGCAAUAUAUCAUCACCUCGUCACUUUGGGGACAGCUUCAUGCAAGUCCCUAGGGUCGACCAGGAUUAUAAGAUGAGUACUUGACUCCUCGGCAAUUUCUCCUCUCGUCAUCCAACACACGGCACACAAAAAAUUUCACUUCGAUAUAAAUAUUCAUAAAAAUAAAAAAUGGCAAUGAUUGCCACGUCUCUUCCGCGAGCAAGGGAAUGGGGAAGCGAAGAUAAUUCGGUCCGCGAGAACUUCCAUCUGGCAGAAAGAUAAGCAUGCUUGGAAAGGUGUGCCUCUCUUGACUUGGAAGUAGCAGUUGCAACUAGCACACUUGAUCACCAGGGCGAUGGUGACGCGGCGUUGACUUUCGAUAAUGUCUGGGUUGAUGGAAUGGGUUUUUUUGCUCAUUAGCGGGAUUUUGAUUGUCUUCGGCGUAUGGGGAUAGGACUCUUUAUUGCAAUAAUAGGCGAAUGCCUAUCCACUUAAAUUUGGCUGCGCAUUUGGGCUUCCGAGUCUGCUACAAGCAUGCCGCAUUGCAUUGCAUUGCAUUGUAUUGCUUUGCGUUGCGUUGGAGGGAGAGAAGAUAGGGAUGUGACGGCAACACGUCUCAAUAAUACACUCAGUCGUUUCUGGGCUGUUGAAAGAAUUCGAGGGAAUCAACGCCAAAUGAAGAUUUGAGAUAUUAAAGCUGGCUGACUACUGCAUUGUAUGGCAUACAUAGCAUAGCACAUAUACCACCACUGCCACUCUUUUGAAUUGAGUCAUGUGUCCCGUUCAACGUACAUCUAGUGAAAUCCCCAUCUGAAAAUUCAUCCUGAUGUGGCCAUCUCCCCUUUGCAUUGCUUUGAUGAGGCGUGUGUUUCUCCAUGUCUCCAUGUCUCCAUUCUUUUUCGAUGACUCCUGUUGUCGCUUGAGUAGCCGAGAUUCCGACCAGAAGUAAACAAACGCACCUAUAGGUGACGAGGGCGAUAUAGUGCAUUUUAAAAAUUGAU